AUGGAAUUUGAAGAGGGAGAGUGCUAUUUUUCUGAAAAUGAUGUUGAAGAGCAUACACCCAAAAUGGAUGAAGCUACUCCACAACCGCUAGCUAUUUGUGCUGAUGGUGCUACUACUCCUAUGGCUAAUCAGUUGGCUAUUAAGGCAAAGGACUCGCUUAAAAAAAAGAAGAUGAAAGGGUCAGGUGGCAAGGUCAAGAAAGGGCGGAAAUACUACUUCCCGAGGGGGGGGGGAGGGGGUUUGAAUGACCCUUUAAAGCAUUCAGAAGUGCAACUACUUAUUCGAAAGGAAAGAUUGUCACUUUGUGAUUUGGUGGAAACUAAAGUUAAAGUGAGAAAUAAAGAAAAGGUGGCGAACACCAUCUUUCGAAAUUGGGGUUUACUGUGCAACUAUAAUGCUUCUUCUCAUGGACGGAUUUGGAUUGGUUGGAAUCCUCAGGAGGUGGCUGUGGUUCUUAUAAAUUCAUCCAACCAAGUGAUGCAUGUGCAUGUUAGGGAUCUUGCUAAGAAUUCCUCUUUCAUUGUCUCGAUUGUGUAUGGUGAUAAUUGCCCUAUUAAGUGGAGUGAAUUGUGGGCUGAUUUAGUUUCUCGCAGUGUGGGAUGGAAAUCUUCUCCUUGGGUGCUCAUGGGGGACUUCAAUGCCAUAAAGUCACAAGAGGAGAUGGUUGGGGGCUCUCAUAGUUGGCCUUCUUGGCAGAAUGACUUUGCUACUUGUUUAUUUCAAUAUGGCCUAAGUGAUUUACGACAAAAUGGCUGUCUCUUCACGUGGUCUAAUCGGCAGGACAAGGCUCCUAUUAUGAAGAAGCUAGACCGGGUCCUUGCCAAUUUGAGAUGGGAGUGUGACUUUUCAGGCUCUGAAGCUUACUUUCCUCCCUCCGGUGUUUUGGAUCAUUCUCUAAUGGUCGUAACACCUGCUGCCUUACCUUCGCGAAAAACACCAUUUAAAUUCUUUGAUCUUUGGGCUGAGCAUCCGCAAUUUCUAUCCGUGGUAGCUAAGGCAUGGGCUAUAGAUGUAAAAGGAAGUCCGAUGUGUCAACUAUGCCAUCAGUUGAAGCAUUUGAAAGGGGAGUUGAAAAAGUUCAAUGAGGAGUUCUUUACAAAUUUGCCUUGGCGAGUGGUGCGAGCUAAAGAGGCUUUGGAGGAGGUACAACAUAUGAUUCAGCGUCAUCUCCUUGACUCGACUUUUCACACCAAGGAGUCAAGGCUUAUUAAGGAUUAUUUGGAGUUGAGCAGAGCGGAAGAAAGUUUUUUGAAGCAAAAGGCUUGGGUUCAGUGGCUGAAUUUGGGAGACAAGAAUUUGAGGUUCUUCUUCCAAUCUAUGAAGCUUUUUCAGAGUCGUAGCAAGAUCACAUUUAUUUCUAUUGAUGAUGGGGCUCGGGUGGAGACUCUGGGUGAGGUCAGUGACACAAUUGUGCAGUUCUUUCAGAAUCUUCUAGGUUCUCAUGCGGUUGCGAGUGUUGAUGAGGACAUGCUUCAGCGAGUCCUUCCAAAGCGGCUCACUGAGAUUCAGAGGGAGGAUUUAGAUCGAUCUGUUUCAGAUGACGAAAUAAGGAUGGUGAUGUUCUCUUUGAAGGACAACAAGGCUCCCGAUCCAGAUGGUUUUAGUGCUGGCUUCUUUAAGAGGCCUGGAAUAUAG